CAAAUAGGAAAUGAUUCCUUUCUCUAAGUUAACAACUAAUUUCCAUUCAGUGAGUAAUUUCUUUCCCAAAACAUCCACUCAGUGGAAAACAAAUGAAGAGGGGAAAAAUUAAGUAAACAAAUCUGAAAAAGAGGGCACGACACACAGAGAUGGAGGUGCCUCUCAACUUAACAAAGAAAGCAGGCACUUAAGGUUUAUCUCAAACAAAACUGUGAUUUUGACCGGCCCCUGAUUGAGCCUCACCCGAUGAAUGACUUCCAGGGCCUCUGGCUCUUUGGGACUAAAGGAGAAAAUUAUUUUUAGCACAACUAUUUGGAAACCUCUGAGAACUUGGAUCGGUUUUUCUGUCUGGUACCAAAGCAAGUUUUUCGCUGAGCUCUCAUGAAAGAUCCUCAGUCUCUUGUGGAUUUAGAAUCCUGGAGCAACCCACCAACCCAGAGCAAGAGCCAAAGAUGUUUGUCUUGCUCUAUGUUACAAGUUUUGCCAUUUGUGCAAGUGGACAACCUCGGGGUAGUCAAUUCAAAGGAGACAGCUACUCCCCAAGAUAUAUCUGUAGCAUUCCUGGCUUACCUGGACCUCCAGGCCCCCCUGGAGCAAACGGUUCUCCCGGGCCCCAUGGUCGGAUCGGCCUUCCGGGACGAGAUGGUAGAGACGGCAGGAAAGGAGAGAAAGGUGAAAAGGGGGCUGCAGGUUUGAGAGGUAAGACUGGACCACUGGGCCUUGCUGGAGAGAAAGGGGACCAAGGAGAGACUGGGAAGAAAGGUCCCAUGGGACCAGAGGGAGAAAAAGGAGAAAUAGGUCCAGUUGGGCCUCCUGGACCAAAGGGAGACAGAGGAGAGCAAGGGGACCCAGGGCUGCCUGGAGUUUGUAAAUGUGGAAGCAUCGUGCUCAAAUCUGCCUUUUCUGUUGGCAUCACAACCAGCUACCCAGAAGAAAGGCUACCAAUUAUCUUUAACAAGGUCCUCUUCAAUGAGGGAGAGCACUACAACCCUGCAACAGGGAAGUUCAUCUGUGCUUUCCCAGGGAUCUAUUACUUUUCUUAUGAUAUCACAUUGGCAAAUAAGCAUCUGGCAAUUGGGUUGGUACAUAAUGGGCAGUACCGGAUAAAGACCUUCGACGCCAACACAGGGAACCAUGAUGUGGCUUCGGGGUCCACAGUCAUCUAUCUACAGCCAGAAGACGAGGUCUGGCUGGAGAUCUUCUUCACUGACCAGAACGGCCUCUUCUCAGACCCAGGUUGGGCAGACAGCUUGUUCUCUGGAUUUCUUCUGUACGUUGACACAGAUUAUCUAGAUUCCAUAUCAGAAGACGAUGAGCUGUGAUCAGGACUGUUGACCUGAAUGUUUCAAGAUCCUUGAGGCAGACACUUUGAUUUAAUCUGGGGCCCUGGAAUUUAGAAUAAGCAGAAGUGAGAUCCAAAGAGAUUCCCACUCAGAUUCCAGAGCAUUUACAAACAGUUCUAGCAGAAUCUAUUAAAACAAGAUGAACCACCAAAUAGUUGAAACCACAUCAAAAUGAAUUAUAUAAAACAAUAACCCCAGAUAUGAAUUCUCUUCAAUGCGAUGUUCAUAAAUAUUUAACAAAUUAAAGACAAUGUUAACAAAUUUCCUAUUAAAUUCCCUGAGUGGUAAAACCAGCUGGCAAUGAUAUUUGUCUCAUUAAAUCUUCAAAAAAUUACAUUUUUUCUCGUUAUUUAAGAGAAUCAUAAAGUCCCAGACAAAGUCUUUGAUAAUUCUCAAAAGGCUAUAGUAAGCCAAAAACCAAAGGUAAGAGAUGCUGAGUAAUUUCGAGCAAGCUAGAGUGAAGUGAUAUUUUUUAAUGUUUUAUUAUUCAUUCCUUCAUACUUGUAUAUAUUCACUCAACAACUCUUUACUGAGCCUGUAUGAACCAGACACUAUGAUGCUGGGUCAGAUUUAAUGAGUUAAGACAAAAUCCCUACUUUCACACAGGCUAGUGUGUGAUGAGCAUAUACCACAAUGCAGUAUGAUAAGCGCCAUGGCAAAAAGAUUGACUCAAUGCUGGAGGUACAUAGGACCUGCUAUUCCUGGGGGUCGGGGCCAGUGAAGGUUUUACACAGUGGGGAACACUAGGCAUGCUAAAGUGUGUGUGUCUAAGUAGCUGGGAAAGAUGCAAAGGAAACAAGGAAUUCGCCAGCUGCAUUUUCCCCAUCCCAUCCUCAAAACACCAUCUGUAUUUGCCAUCAGGAAGGGGGGAAAAGCUGAGAGAUAGAGGAGGCCUGGGAUGGGUGUUGGAAAUGGAGAGAAACAAGUUGCUGAGACCAGCCAGUAGCUUAUUCUCCUAAAUCCUUUAUCAUGAUAGUUUCCCAGGACAGAUAUUCGUCCUCUUAGUUUUCUCACAAAUAGGAACACUGCUUUACAUUGUAUCAAGACAUUGUGUCUCACGGAUUUCCUACGUAUUUAGUCAAAAUAAAGCAAAGCAUAAGUCUACUGAUUUACAAGUGAGCUGAUAGGAGGAAUGAACAGGAGGAGAAGGGAGACAGCCCAAAUGCCUGAGCAAAGAGCUGUCCCUCCAAGACUCACCCCUCUCUUUGUCCCACUUCUCUUAGUGUCAGCAUCUUGCUCCCCCUGAACUGUAAUUCCUCAGGUAAUCUCAUCCAUAAUUCUUUUGUCUGCCCCUCCCUUGGCUAAUAGUAAUAGUAUUCCCUGAUUCUCUCACUUUGGUAUCUUCUAAUCCUCCUUUUCAUGCAUUCCUCUCUCUGCUCAUUCACUUAAGAAAUAUUUCUUAAGGCCUCCUAUGUGUGAAUCACUAUACUGGAUUCUGUGAAGGUGGGUGAACACUAAGAUGAAUAUGGCAUAGCCUCUGCCAUCAAAUUUCUAAGGAUACAAGAAAGGAAAUGACAUGCACACACACACACACAAAAUACCUAUAAUUCUGGAAAUGAGCAUGCUAAAAUAUGCUAAGUGUUAAAGUGCAGAUAGAGACAAAAUGCUGUGAAAGGAAUGCUGAUGUGGAAAUGCUUAUGCCCAAAUUAGGAGAUGAGAGAGGAGAGCUAGGGAAGUCUUCUCUGCCUCCUGGGCCUUAAGCGAUAAAUGGGACUUGAAGAGGCCCGAGUCGGGGAAAGGGCACUUCAGACGGAGGUAAUAAUGAGGAUAAAGCAUGAAGGUGAGAACGGAGACCCAGAAAAGGAAUCCAUUGGCCAUAUUUAGAAGAGCCUCAAAUACCAGCCUGGGUAUUAGGAACUUUAUUCAUAGGAAGGUGUGGAGCCCCUGUGUCUUGCUGAGCUGGGUGCUGCCAUGAUCAGAGGUGAAAUUCACAAUAAUCAAGCAGCUCUGUGUAAGGCAAUGCUUGCUUCUCCCAUCUUGCAGACUAUCUUGCUUCCAUCAUCUUUCUCUGCCUGCCAUGCUUUGUCCUCUUGUUGCUCUCAUUCUGAGUCGAGAUGUAGGUCUGUGAGACCAAGGGCAAUGAAGAUGAAAUAAAGAAGAGAAACCAAAGGUGGUUUGAGAUAGUCACCUGCCUCUAGAUAACAGCUGAACCUGGAAUUCCAGGCUAUGAAGCUUAAUAAACAGCCAACAGAAGAAGCCAACCUGAGGAACAUCAAAAUACGGGCCCUUUGAAGACAGUAGGAUUUGCUGGAGAAACUGGAAAUGGAGAAGUUAUUGCAGAUGGUCAUGACCCACAAGAUUGUCAUAUAAUUUAAAUUUUCUUCUGAUCAUCAUCCAUUAAUGUAUUCUCUUUCUUUUUUGGACAUUGUUUACUUACUUAUCUUUCAAAUGUUUCUUUCAUUACAAAGCCUAUUUUGAGCAGCCUUUUUAAACAGAAGUUUCCUUAGCUGGUUCUAGGUCCGGAGAUGAAUUUUAAUUUGAAAUAAGUGGUGGGAUGGAGAUGAGGAUCAGAGAACUAAAGUGGGAAAGGAAAAGCUAUUUUGGUAUUAAAAUGAUAAACUCUUAAGCAAAUGCAGGUGUCUUUUAUUCCUAAAAGAAAAUAACAGACACAAUUUAUGCACCAUGGUGGAUAUCUGUGUAAAGGAAGUAGAAGAACGAUUUUGGUUUAAAAGAUUGUAAGUCUCAUUCCAGUCAUUCUUUGGAAGGGCUGACUUGUAAUGAAUAUGUAUUAAGAAAUAUUUACUGACUGUAUACCAUCUUGUUCCAGAAGGAUUUAAAACCACUUACAAAGAUAGACAAAAUACAGAAAGAACACAUUAGUAAGAAACAAGUAUGAAGAAAAGGACACACACACAAAAAAAAACAAAUAAAAACAGAGACUGAGGUUAAUACAAAA